AUGACUUACUGUAUAUGAUGAACUUAAAGUGCACAAAAGGCAUAUUAAGAUUUAUUCAAAUCAUGUUUACACUAUAUAUUGUUAUACAUGUAGCGUCAUUUUCAUCCAGUUGUACCGAAGGCAUUCACAAGGAGUCCAGAAAUGGUAAUCGAAAUACUGUGUGCCUUGUAGGACAGAACUUCCGGGGUAAUAUCCUGUUUCAUCGUUGAAACAAAUGUUUCCCGUGCUGAACAAGGAAGCUGAUUGAAACUUUUUGUGUUGGACGCAAACAGAAUUAACCGUGCAUUUGUUAUAGCAUGAACGGCAAUUUGAUAUUUCCAGUUACAACAGUCAAGGUACCCACACCAUUCCACGUUAUACACGCCCAUAUCAUCAAACUGACCUUGACCUGAGCACCAGGACAUAUGCACUGAGGAAGUCGUCAUAUCCAUUGUCGCUCCACAGCUAAAACAAGACAAAGAUAUUUCUUUCCAUCACAGUGAAGUACACCCUCGUGUUGAACACUUUACUGAUGGGCGUAAAUAGGUUCUGUUUUUCUCUGUGCGUAUGUUCCUUCUUGGUGCACAGAUCAUCAGAAAAUGAAAUCACCAAGGUUUUGGAAAAAGUCAACGGAAAUAUUACACAGAUCCUAACCAUCUGGGGGGAGACACUAUCUUCUCAUGAAAUACAGAAUUGCCGACAUGAUUUUGUAAUGCAUUUUCGGGAAUAUAACCUAAAUGCGAGUUCGUAUUCCUUAACCAUGGAGAGUUUCAAGGAACACCAAUACUUCAAUGUCUGCUUCCAUGUGGAAAAUGACAAUAUUGGGGCAAACGGCGUAACUAAACUGUGCAUCACAAAAACUCCUCUUGCAAAUCUUCAUAAAGAAGGGAACAAAGCUGCCAAAGUCCUAGGUAUAACGGAGAACACCCAGGGAUAUUUAAUGAAAUGUACAGUAACAGAGUCACUCAAAACAUCAACGUCUUCGAAAAAUCAAACUAAAAAGUUUGCAUAUGGAUCCUCUGGUAUAAAACUUAAAGCAUUUCCUGAUAGUGGAUGGUUUAUUUGUGGUAUGGCAGUUGGUAUUAUAACAUCGUCGAUAGUUUUCUGUGCCAUUUGGAACUACAACCUUUUGAAACACAGGAAAAUGGAAAAAAUAAAGAAAAAGCACGAGGUGGAGGAUGAGCCUAUAUACCAUGAGCUGAAGCCCAUCUACAGAGACCCUGCUGUUAGUGGACAUGUUAACGAGGCUACUACAUUCGCGGUUACUGUGCCAUUCAUUGGGGUAUACAAGGGGAGAAAACCGAGCGGUGUUAACUACCCAGAACAUCACCGAGAGACUCCAAAUACCGAAUAUACUGAUAUCACUGAAGACAUCACUGGAGAAAGUCUCCGUGAUGAGCAUAUCGCAAAUGAUAGUCUGCAAGAACUAAAACCGACAGACGAGAUACCCGAGAGCGACACGGAUAAUUCGUCUCCCUACUUUGUUCUGGCAAAUAACGCGAACCACACUGUCACUGAUAAACCAAAAGCUGCUAUUUAUUAUCAUACUGGUACACUAAGUGAUGUAACAAAUGGGGAGAAAUCCGCAGUGCAGUGGAGAGAUGAUGACAUCGUCCUCAGAGAAACCAAUGCGAGAAUGUCUAUGGCGGAAUCAAUGACCAUAAACAAUGAUGCCAACGAUGAUUCCGAGACGUAUUUCGUUUUGUCGACUCCUCGACAUGAGCAGUGACGUCUUAUAAUACAGAAUAUACAAAAUAGAUGCAAAAGUACUAGUACAUAUUCAGUUCUUUGAUGUAAAUAUAUUUAUCUCUGGUAUGUCUAGGGUUCCGUGUGUUUCCAUGUUUUAAUUUUGUAUUCUUUAUAUAAGAGAUUGAUCACUGUUCGUUAUCUUCACAUUUCGCGGUAAAUCGGGACCCGUCAUGAAGUGAAUUGUGUACACGCCUAAACUUGUGUAAAUACAAUUUAUGAUAUAUAAUGAA